UGCUUCCGAAUCAUCUAUGAAGCGACUCACUUCCUGCUUUGAAACCUUGUCGUAGCAUUUUCUUAUACUCUAUCUCUCUUUCGCAAUUUAUUUUAUUUACUUUAAUCGGAACCAGACGGAAUCAUGAACACGGUAUUAUCGAGGGCGAACUCGCUCUUCGCCUUCUCUCUCAGUGUAAUGGCAGCUCUCACAUUCGGAUGCUUUAUUACCACAGCGUUUAAAGACAGAAGUGUUCCGGUGGACAUACACGUAUCCAAAGUCAUGAUUAAAAAUGUGGACGACUUCACAGGACCACGAGAGAGGAGUGACUUGGGUUUUGUAACAUUUGACAUUUCUGCUGAUCUUCAGCCAAUAUUCGACUGGAAUGUAAAGGAGCUCUUUCUGUACAUGUCUGCUGAAUAUUCAACCAAAAGCAAUGCACUGAACCAGGUGGUGCUAUGGGACAAAAUUAUAUUGAGAGGUGACAAAACCAAACUGAACUUGAGGGAUAUUAAAUCCAAGUACUUCUUCUUUGAUGAUGGGAAUGGUCUAAGGGCAAAUAAGAACAUCACUCUCACUCUUUCAUGGAAUGUGGUGCCAAAUGCUGGAAUCUUGCCAUUGGUCGUGGGAUCAGGACACAAAUCUCUCGCCUUCCCCGAGACAUACGAAACUGCAAAGUCCUACUAAACCAUUCUAGUUUAUCCCAAACUGUGUGUAAAUGUUGUGUGUACGGGUUUCAAUAAAAGCUGGAAAAUUGUU